UCUCGUUGAAAGAUUUCCUGCGCGAUAUCGUUCAGGGUGGAGACUAAAUCCAAUGACGUAAUGAGACAGAGAGUGUAUAACGCAUACAACGGGGCGUAACAACGUGGAGGAGGAACAGAAUCGGUGAUGCUGGUACCAAUGGCUACAGCCUUUGGUACUCUUGGUGGUACGGAAGAAGAACCGUGGAAGAGGGGUGAGUGGUUGCAGUAUAAAUGUGGCCCGCGCAAGCUCCACCAAUCCACUCGCCCUCUGACCUCCAAACUCUAAGCUCUCGUGGUACCAAACAUCCCCUCUUUGCACAAUCGUUCAUACGAUCAAGAGACGAGACCAACGCUUCGGCAUCGUGCCUCGUGACCACCGCGUGGUGCCGUUCGAAUCAAUCUUCAUCACCGAGGAACCGCCGGCGAAAUUAAUUUGCUUCCACGACUUUGAAAAAAAAAAAAAAGAAAGAAAAAAAAAAAGAAUAAGUCGAAAAAUAGUUCUUCUUCUUCUUCCUUCGUACGUGACACAACGAUUUAAUUAUUUCUUCAAUUUGCGAUAUCUUCCCUUCUUCGUAGACAUGGCAACGACUGUUAUUUUCAUUCAACGAUGUAUGAUCAUUGUCGCUAUCCUGCUCUGUUAUUUUCAUGCUCAGAGCGAAAGCGUGAAUUGCGAAUUGUAUCCGUUCCAUCACACGUGCAGAGGUACAAUGUCGAGGAAACGCGCGAUGUUCCCAAUUGCGUACGGAUCAGAAUGUGAGGAAAGUAAAGGAAAUAUAAAUUGUGUCAAAGAAUUUGAGGAAAAGAAUCGUAUUGCCUAUAUUCCUUUAUCGAAGUCAAAACUAUUGAUUGCUUUGCUUGAUGAUGAUUUACGAAAGGAUAUCACACGAUCGAUCCGCCAUAAAUUAAGGAACGAUGAAAUGAUUAAACAAAAUUCAGCUUUGAUGGAGAACUUUUUAUCGCAGUUGGACUCUUCGGACAAUUAUUGAAUGAAAUGGUCAAGAAAUACGAAUUUUCUCGGCUCUUGCAAACAUUUUUCAUCGUUCAAACUUUCAAAAAUGUAUAAAAGCAUAUAUGUUUAAAUUUU